CGGGUCAGGAUUUAAAAAAUAAUAAUUAUUAUUAUUUUUUAAUAAAAAAUAAGGGCAAAAUUAGAAUUUCACACUUCUCCGUGUGGAUUUAUUAUUAAAUCCUAACGGAAUGGGCAAAAUGGAAGGAAACAAAAGUUAGAUACAUUAAAGUGAGUUUUUGAACAAUGAGGGGAGUCCGCAAAAACCGUGAAAGUAUAAGGGGUAAAUGAAGUUUUCCCAAAAAAAAAUUAUAUAAUAAAUAUAAUUAUUAUGUGUGCAAUACAAUACAUAGGCAUGUUUUGAAAAUGGUCUGCUAGUCUUAAAGGGGCCUGAGAUUGUGGAGGAUGACAUAGAGAGGGAAGCUCUGAAGCAAAUAAAUGUUUCCACGUCAAAUUAUAUAAACGAACGUGUCGAGUACAUCAAAUCGAUGUUGGGCUCCAUGGAAGAUGGAGAAAUAAGCAUUUCAGCUUAUGACACAGCGUGGGUUGCUCUUGUUGAAGACAUUCAUGGAAGUGGCCUUCCUCAGUUCCCAUCUAGUCUUCAAUGGAUCGCCAAAAACCAGCUUCCCGAUGGUUCAUGGGGCGACAGUCAUAUUUUUUUUAGUUAUGAUCGGAUAAUCAACACUUUAGCCUGUGUUAUUGCCUUAAAAUCAUGGAAUAUUCAUCCUGAAAAGUACGAAAAAGGGAUUUCAUUUUUGAAAGAGAAAAUAUGUAAGCUGGAAUACGAGAACGCAGAGCACAUGCCCAUUGGAUUUGAAGUUGCUUUCCCCUCACUACUCGAAAUAGCUCGAAGUUUGAAAAUUGAAGUAGCUGAUGAUUCCCCUGUGUUGCAAGAGAUAUAUGCAAAGAGAAACAUAAAGCUAACGAGGAUACCAAGAGACAUGAUGCACAAAGUGCCCACAACACUACUCUUUAGCUUGGAAGGGAUGCCAGGGCUGGAGUGGGAAAAGCUUCUUAAUCUGCAGUCCCAAGAUGGGUCUUUCUUGUUCUCUCCAUCAUCCACUGCCUUUGCACUCAUGCAGACCAAAGACGAUAACUGCCUCACUUAUUUAAAAAAUGCGGUCCACAGGUUUAAUGGUGGAGUACCCAACGUGUACCCGGUGGAUUUGUUCGAACGCAUGUGGGCUGCCGAUCGUUUGCAGCGCCUUGGAAUCUCGAGAUAUUUUCAGCCAGAGAUUAAGCAAUGCAUUAAUUAUGUUUACAGAUAUUGGACUGCUGAGGGGAUUUGCUGGGCGAGAAAUUCAAAGGUUUAUGAUGUUGAUGAUACGGCCAUGGGAUUCAGGCUACUAAGAUUGCAUGGCCAUAAGGUUUCCGCUGAUGUGUUUCAACACUUUCGGAAAGGAGUCGACUUCUUCUGCUGUGCCAGACAGUCGACACAGGCCGUCACCGGAAUGUUCAACCUGUACAGGGCUUCUCAGGUGGUCUUUCCGGGAGAGAAGAUCCUUGAGGAUGCAAAGCACUUCGCAUUCAACUUCCUAAGAGAAAAACAAACUGCUAAUGAACUCUUUGACAAAUGGAUCAUAAUGAAGGACUUGCCUAGUGAGGUAGGCUAUGCCCUGGAAGUCCCCUGGUAUGCAAGCUUACCUCGUGUGGAGACAAGAUUCUACAUAGAGCAAUAUGGUGGUGGCGAUGAUGUUUGGAUUGGGAAGACCCUCUACAGGAUGCCCUAUGUCAACAAUAAAACGUAUCUGGAGCUAGCAAAACUAGACUACAACAACUGCCAAGCCUCUCAUCGGAUGGAGUGGGAGAGCAUUCAAAAGUGGUACUCAGACUGUAAUCUUGGAGACUUUGGAUUGAGCAAAAAAACCCUGCUGUUUGCUUAUUUUUUGGCGGCAGCCAGUAUUUUCGAACCGGAAAGAUCCAAUGAACGACUUGCAUGGGUGAAAACGACGGCGUUGGUGGAGGCAAUCACGUCGUACUUUGACGAGGACGAAAUGAGGAGAGCCUUUCUACAUGAAUUCAAGAACAACGCUGAUCCACGGGACUGCAUAAACAGAAGAAGGUCAAAUACGAACAAGGGUGGAGGGCUCGGACUGGUGGGGACCUUGCUUCAAACCCUAAACUAUCUCUCAUUUGAGGCUCUGGUUUCUCACGCUCAAGAUAUUAGCCACCCUUUACGACGAUCGUGGGAAAAGUGGUUGGUGAAGUGGCAUAGGGAAGGCGAUAGGCACAAAGGAGAGGCAGAGUUGGUAGCGCAUAUGAUAAAUCUCACCGCUGGCCGCUCGGCUAAGGAGGAGCUUUUGUCCCAUCCUCAAUAUCUGCGACUGUCCGACCAAAUCAACAGAUUAUACUAUCAACUUUGUUUUUACCAAAACAACAAGCAGGUAUACAACAACCAUGGCAGUCACUCUUCAUGUGAUGACAGCAUCACAAACCCCGACAUAGAAUCCAACAUGCAAGAACUUGUCCAGUUGGUGCUCCAGAACUCCUCAGAUGACGAUAUUGAUUCUGAAACCAAGCAUACAUUUCUUGCAAUAGCAAAAAGUUUUUAUUAUGCAGCCUAUUGUGAUCAAGGGACUAUCAACUUCCACAUUGCCAAAGUACUAUUUGAAAGAGUAGUUUGAAUUUUCUCUGUAAAUGAUGGCUUUUGUGAAGCACAUUCUUCUCAAUUAUCAAUAUUGAUAUUAAAAAGUAAAAAACCACAAGUGAUUCAAUCUUUGUCCAACUGGCCCAAAAAGAUAUUUGUAUUCAAAUUAAUAGCUAUACAACUAUGAUGUUUUAGGUA